CUCCACAAAGAUAUCCCUCCUCGCCCCCUCUCUCUCUCGCUCUCGCUCCACCCCGGUCGCCAGCGCGCGGAGGCGGCCGAUCGGCGGCGGCGAUGGCUUCGGGCCGCAGCCGGAUCAAGAUCAACUGGGAGGAGGUGUUCGGGGGCGGUCCCCGCGCCUCCUCCCCUGACCGCGUGGAGGUCUGCUUCUCCCCCUCGCCAUCUGCACCGCCCGCCGGCCGGGCGGCGGCGCCGAAGGGGAAGGGGAGGCUGGAGGCGGCCCGCCGCCCGCAGCCUAGGUUCGAAAGGCUGCGCAGAGACCGCGGCGCGGGCGAGCGCGGCCGCCGCGCGCUGCUGGAGCUCGAGCCCCGCCCCGGGACCGGCGCGGCCGCAAAGGCUGCCGAUGGUUUCGGAUGCGAUGCUGGUUCCGCUGCCAGCAAUGUUUACGAGUGGGGUGAUGUAGAUGAGCAGGGGGAACAUGUGUCACGUAAAUUUUGUGGUGUAAAGUCAUCUCCCGUUCAAUGUAGAAAGAAGAAUUAUGGACAUCUAGGUAUGAAGAAUGGAAGAAGCCUAAGGAAUGUUGGAGUCGGACAAAGGAAACCUAUAUCAGUGGAUAAAAUGUACUCAAGCAAACCAUGUUCUACAACUUUAUCUGGGCACCAACAGAGAGUCCAUGCCAUUGAUCCAGAGGAGGCUGAUGAUGAAAAGUGUCAGCAGAGUGAAAACCACAGGUUCAACUAUUUUCCUAAGAGGAGGAAGGAACAGCAUAAGGAUUCAUCUCCUCCUUAUUCUCAGAAGGUUGAAGAUGUGGUUCUCUUGGAUGAUGAAGAUAUGCAACCUGAGGAACAAUUGGAGUGUGGGAUUCCUGGCAAACAGAAUGAGUCAAAGAUCUACUACCCAUCAAGAGAUGAUCCUGAAGCUGUGGAGCUCACUAGCUCAGAUAUUACAUGUCUUGACCCUGGAGAGUAUUUGUCUUCACCUGUGAUAAACUACUACAUCCAGUACAUCAAAAGGACCAAAUUGCCUAAAGAAGAUUGCAGAGACAAAUUCCACAUAUUUAACACAUAUUUUUAUAGCAAGCUUGAAGAAGCUUUGUUCAGGACGGGUGAUUUCUUGAAGUUGAGAAGAUGGUGGAAAGGUGUCAAUAUAUUUCAUAGAGCAUACAUAAUCUUGCCAAUCCAUGGGAUGGCACACUGGAGCUUGAUAAUCAUUUGCAUUCCUGCAAAAGAGAGUAAUUCAGGACCAAUCAUACUUCAUCUGGAUUCCCUUGGGAUGCAUCCCAGUGCUAAGACCUUUAACACAGUUGUGCGAUACCUUGAAGCAGAAUGGUGCCAUUUAAAGAAAAAUCCUCCUCCCGACACAUCAAUUUCAGAGUCAAUAUGGGAGGAUCUUCCGAGGAAUAUUCAUACAGAAAAAGUUCAGGUUCCACAGCAGAAUAAUGCGUACGAUUGUGGUAUCUUCAUGCUUUAUUAUAUCGAACGGUUUAUCAGAGAGGCACCAGAAAGGCUAACAAGAGAUAAACUUGACAUGUUUGGUCACAGUUGGUUCAAUUCUGAAGAUGCUUCUGAGCUAAGACUGAGAAUACGAGCACUACUGCUGGAAGAAUUUGAAAGUGCCAGGCUGGACGAUGCUAUGUUAGACACAGCUACAUCUGAUGUCUCUGAUAUAGAAGAUAGCAUGAAAGGUGGAGAAUUAGAAGCAGUUACACCUUCUGACAAUUCAGAAAUGAUUGUAGAGUGUGUAGAGUUUGGAGAGAGUGGCAAGAAUAAUGGAGGCUUCAAGGUUGCAGCCGCAGAAGAAGCAAGCAGAGAGUCUGGAGGCACUGGCAAGAAUAAUAAAGACAUCAAGGUUGCAGCAUCAGAAGAAGCAAGUGGGGAGUCUGGAUACACUGGUAAGAGUAAUGAAGGCAUUACAGUGGUUGCAGCAUCAGACAAAGCACCUACUAGCAGCUCUAGACGUGAUGAAAAGACCGUAAACUGUCUUCUAUCAGAAGCAGCUACAUCUUGUGACAGCGUAGAAGAUGAAGAAGAUAGUGUAAAAGCAGACUCUGACAGCUCAAAAACUGAAGAAGAAGAGUUUGAAAUUUUAUCACCAGAAAGAUCGAAGAACAAUGAGGGGACCAUAAAUAGCACGCGAUAUCCAGAUGUAGUUUGUGACAGCUGCGACAGUGAUGACACGGACGAGGUGAAGAUCAUAAACGUGUGGAACCCAAAAACUUACCGGCAAAAUUGUUGGAUUAGUUUGACAUGAGUAGCCAUGCCCAGUACAUCUGUUGCAUUCUCAGGAAGAUGGGAAAUGACCGACAGAUGUUAAUACACUAUUUUGAGGUGCCCAUUAUUUCGACAAUGGAGAGGUAAAUCAAAAGCUUAAAAGUGCAUUGCGAGGUGACGCAUGAUCUGCUCCCCUCGCUCUCCUGCUCUUGCUCCUGUUAUCAGUUUUUUUGGUAGGAAGACCAUGGGCAUUGGCGUGAGAAAUGUACAGUGUAUAGGUUAAGCAUAUAGAGAAUGUCCUAGUUGUGGAGUUAGACCUUUGGACCCUGCAAGUGGUGCACAUUGCUUUAUGAGAUAAGCUAUUGAAAUACUAACAUGUUUCAGGUGCUAUGUGAUAUGCAUGGCAAUAGCAUAUUUCUUUUCUUCAUUUGGCUAA